AUGGAUCGGGAUCUGCUCGCGCGACGCGUCCACGAUCUGCAAAAAAAGGCUGGAUGGUGCUAUGCCAUGGUCUCUCCGCGCAUCGACACCGUCGCCGUCACGCCGCUGCAGAUCCUCUACCCCCCGGAAAGGGCCACCUCGGCCCGGCCAGUUCAAACGACGACAUUUGACGAUGCAUCGGGCGAAGGCGGAAAGACUUCCGCUUGA